AUGCCCAUCCCCCAGGUCACCGUGGCCGACGAGCCUACCUGGCCCGAGGUCACUGCCUGGUCCACCUCCGUCAUCCUGCCUCCCAGCGGGUUCCCCAUCCCCAUGGUCACCGUGGCCGACGACGAGCCUUCCGAGGCUACCGCCACCGCUGCCGCCGCUGUCACCGAGGACAGCACCGACGCUACCACAGUCAUUGUGGAGACAGAUGAGGCUUGGGAGGCCAAGCUCCUCGAGGACAUGAAGGUCGCUUCGAUGAAGCGGACCCAGCACAAGGAGAACAAGAAGAGGUGCGGCAAGAAGCGGUGCCCUCCUUGCGCGAUGAUGUAA